AUGAAAUGGAAUAACAUAGACAUGAACAACACUCAGCAUCUGUUAGAUUCAGGUGCACCAUCAACGUCGUCUUCAACUAACGACGAGACUAGUCCACAGUCGUUGCUAGAAGCCAAUUCACCUUAUAACUCUAAUAUCAAAGCGUUGAUGGCCGUAGGGAAGAUGAUGGCGGAUCAACUAGCAAACUCUCAAAUGAGUUCUCAAUCACAACUCCUGAACAAGAUUGCUAUUAAGAUUGAGGCUACGAAUGACGAUAGGUCUGAUCCGUCUAGUGUUAGCAACAAUAAUGCCAACUUUGGGUCGCCGAUGAGUGAUGGGGAUGGUAAGAUUCAUAUUUUUUGCUUGGCGUUUUAGGCUUGUCAAAUUUUAAGUAGGGCUUAAGCAUGCUUUUUGGACAAGGCAGAAAUCGAAUCUCGGUUAGGCUUAGAAGGAAAGACGUGCGAAAGCCGAGCCGCAGUCACGCAGAGAUCAAACAAAAGCCGGGCUAAAGCUGGGUCAAAGGCGGGCGAAAGCGUUGCCAAAGCCGGGCCAACGCCGGGCUAAAGCCGGGCUAACGCCGAGCCAAAGCCGGGCCAAAGCCGGGCCAAAGCCGGGCCAAAGCCGGGCCAAAGCCGGGCCAACGCCGGGCCAAAGCCUGGCCAACGACGGGCCAAAGCCGGACCAAAGCCGAUCCAAAGCUGGGCCGAAGCCUGACCACAACUGGACCGAAGCUAUGCCAAAACUGGACAAAUUUUGGGCCGAAUUCUGUCUAAAGCUGGGCCAAAGCUGGGUCAAAGGCUGACCACGGCCAAGCCAAAGCCAAGCCAAAGCCGGGCCAAAGCCGAUCCAAAGCUGGGCCGAAGCCCGACCACAACUGGACCGAAGAUAUGCCAAAACUGGACAAAUUUUGGACCAAAUUCUGCCUAAAGCUGGGCCAAAGCUGGGUCAAAGGCGGACCACGACCAAGCUAAAGCCAAGCCAAAGCCGAGCUAAAACCGGGCCAAAGCCGAGUUAAAGACGAACCGACGUCGGGCGAUUCAGGACAAAGCCGGGUCACAGAAAGCUCAAAUCGGGACAAAUGCGAAAGCCAGGCAGAAGCCGAUACAAAGCCAAACAGAAUCUGGGCUUGUUUAAUGUCAGACCUAGCCUUGUAAGGCUGCAAAGCUUGGGUUGGGCAAAAUAUUAAAAGUUUAGAGUUUACUACAUUGUUAUGCCUAUUAACGUUCUGUUUUUAAAUUUCGUAUUUUUAGAUCGAAACGGGCCCAGGUUUUGUGUAGUUUGUGGAGACGUUGCCUUUGGAAACCAUUAUGGAGCUGUUUGUUGUAAUGGGUAAGUUAUUGUGAAUAGUGUUGGGUAGGUAAUUUUAACCUUGAACAAAUACUGCCAAAUUUCAAUUUCUAAAAAUUUUAAUUUUUUUUUUAUUUUUUAAAGUUUUUUUUUAAAUUAGUAAAUGUAAAAAAAGUGUUGCCAUUUCAGAUGCAAAGGGUUCUUCCGCCGAAGUGUUUGGAGUAAACGAAUGUACAUGUGCCGUUUUGGGCAUGACUGCGAAAUUCGAAAAGGUAAGUCGCUAAUUUUGCUCUAAUCCUACUUUCUACCUAAGCAUGUUUCACUUUUUAUAAAGGGUAUGUUAGAUUAUGGUUGACAUAUACCUAUUAGGAUAGGGUAGGAUAGGAUAGGGAAGGGUAGGGUAGGGUAGGGUAGGAUAGGAUAGGGUAGGGUAGGGUAGGGUAGGGUAGGGUAGGGUAGGGUAGGGUAGGGUAGGGUAGGGUAGGGUAGGAUAAGAUAGGGUAGGAUAGGAUAGGGUAGGGUAGGGUAGGGUAGGGUAGGGUAGGGUAGGGUAGGGUAGGGUAGGGUAGGGUAGGGUAGGGUAGGGUAGGGUAGGGUAGGGUAGAAUAGGGUAGGGUAGGGUAGGGUAGGGUAGGGUAGGGUAGGGUAGGGUAGGGUAGGGUAGGGUAGAGCAGGGUACGGUAGAGUAAGGUAAAACAUUUUUACUUACCGUAACUUAAAAACCUAGCAAUUUACUACCGUAUCUCUAAUAAUUAUCAUCGCCUUACGUUCCAUUACCGUAACCCGCAAUCAUUUCUUAAGAACAGCACGUAUUAAAGUUGAGCAUGUUGGACUUAGAUUAGCUUACUACAUUAUUUCAAAAGUAAAACAUGUAGUCGGGGUUCACAUCGACCAUGUACAUAUAGACGCAUGUACGUAUGUAGCUAUUAAUUACGAGGACAUUAAUUUAGCUGGGGCGUAUGUUUAUAAUGAGCUUAUGUUUGACAACGUGGGGCUGGGACGUUUAUGGUUUUUGAGCUAAUUUAUUAAAAAACUGAAAAGUUUUUAGCUUUUUUUGAAUUUGAAUCUGAAUUUUAUCAAGAUAUACCUUCUUUGGAAAAAGCGGGGUUCUUUAUAAAAAAAAAGUAUUUAAAUAAAGAGUCGGGACCAUUUUUUAACGAAUGGGACUAAAUGGGACUAUUUUUAAGAAGGUAAGAUGGACCUUUACCUAAAAAGAUAUGAUGAUCACUAAGAAGGUGGGGCUACCUCUAUGGAAGCAAGACUGCUUCUAAAAAAAUAGGACGUUUUUUAUGGCUAAGUCUUUGGCUAGGGCUCUGGGCUCUAGGCUAGGGCUCUAGGCUAGGGCUCUGGGCUAGGGCUCUGGGCUAGGGCUCUGGGCUCUGGGCUCUGGGCUAAGGCUCUGGGCUAGGGCUCUCAGAGAUAAGACUCUGGGUUAGUGUUCUUGUAGAGCUUUGGGCUAGGGCUAGUUAAGUCAAUUGUAAUUUUUUUCAAAUUUUUAAAAUUUUUUUUAAGUACCGUUUGUUUGUUAAGAAGGUAAGACUAUUUCUAAAAAGAUGAAAUGAUUUUUAUAAAGAUGGGGCUAUUUAUAAAAAGACGGGACCAUUUUUAAGAAGAGUACACCACUCUUGAUGAGAUAAAGCUAAUUCCAUAAAGAUAUCACUAUUUUAUAAAAGAUUAGACUAUUCAUAAAAAAAUUAGGACCAUUUUUAAAAAAGAAAGACCAUUUAUAAAAAGGCUUUACUAUUUUAAUGUAGUUAAACUCAUUUUAAAACGAUGAGACCAUUUCAUGGAGUAUCUUCUCUACUUUAAAACUACAAGUUUUUAUAACAAUCAUUCCCAAACAAUGUCAAAAAUAAUUAAACCCACUAGAAAUGGCAUUCUCACACCUCACCGAAAAUACAAUUAUGGUUUACAACACUCGGGCGCGAAGAAAAAAUUAGCAGUCAUAACGACGGUUUUGUGCAUGUUUUUUGUCGCUAUGUAUACACAUACAGAAUGAACCCUGAACCUUGUUGGGCCUUGAGGCGGUUUUUCGUGCUCGCGGAGCACGCCUUUCGCCAUGGACUUUUUAAUAAAUUACACUUAAUAAAACAUGUUGUGUCCUGGGUUGGUAAAGGUGGAUUUUUAGGAGGGGUUGGGAUGGGAAUGACUGUUUUAAAGGUUUUUUGGUAUUAUUAAGCUAAUAGGUUUAAAAAUUUUAAAAAAUUUUUGGGUAGGGCAGGGUAAAUUAGAAAACUAACAAAGAUACAUAAAGGUAUGGUUGACAUGAGCCGAAAUAGACUGUGGUAAGCCCAGAGCAACUAAGACCUAGGCUAGGAUUAGGGCUAGAGAUAAAGCUAUAGUUAAGCCUAAAGCUAGAGCUAGAGCUAACGCUUAGGCUAUAUAGGCCGUUUGUAAAAAUUGUUUUUGGGUUAGGGCUAGGCUGGGCGGGGUUAAGACAGACUAAGCUAAACUCUGCUGGGCUAUGCCGUUUCAAAAUUAGGGUUAAAAGUUGGGCUAGCACUAGGGUCAUAGGCUAACAAAGUCUUGGGGACAGAGAUCGGGGCUAGGGCUUUCAGUAUGGAACUAGGGCUCAAGGCCCGGGAAUCGAGCUUUAGGGCUCGGGCUGGGGCUUUGGGGCUAGGGCUUUGGGGCUAGGGCUUUGGGGCUAGGGCUUUGGGGCUAGGGCUUUGGGGCUAGGGCUUUGGGGCUAGGGCUUUGGGGCUAGGGCUUUGGGGCUAGGGCUUUGGGGAUAGGGCUUUGGAGCUAGGUCUUUAAUUUUUGAAAAUAUAAAAAAAUUUUAAGGUUUUGUCUAUUAAAAAUUUUAAAAAAAUUUAAUUUUCAGACACUCGUAACGUCUGUCGCGCCUGCCGCCUCCGCCGCUGCUUUCAAUUGGGUAUGAAUCCAGAAGCGGUUCAAAUGGAAGAUGCUCGUAAUGGAGUUGCCGAUCCACAAUGUAAUGAAUGGAUUGCCAAAAUGAGAGCGACCUACACCAAUCUAGAUGUGUCAACUCGAAUACAUAAAGAAAAAGAAAGAAUUCGGACUGCUGACUCAGUUACUCAAACCAACAUAACAGCCAAUCACUUUGGUCAACCUAAGCAUAGGGUUGGUUGUGAUCCGACGAAAAUACUUGACACGCCCAAGGCUGAAUUCAUUAGAGAAGAUUUUAGAAAUUUGAUUAUAAGAACAGUCUUUUUGGAACAAGAAACUUGGCAAAAGACUGAAAGCGGAGUUAAAGCAAGACCUAGCGGAUCACAGAUUUCAACCUUUGAGGAGGCUUUCAAUAGUCCUGAACUGGUUUGUGCGAGGUAUCCGGUAAGUUAAUGUGUUACUUUGUUGUGUUGGGCGUGUUUGGGUAAAGGUAAUAUACUGUAAACUAAGGUAGUGUAAAGUAAUAUAGUAUAUGGUAAGAUAGAGUAAUUUAGGGCAUUGUAGGGUAGGGUACAGUAUAUCAGAAUAAGAUACUGUAAUUCAUUGUAGGGCAUUUUAAGGCAAAAUACUGUAUGCCAAAAAAAGAUAAAAAAGUACUGUAACUCAGAGCAGGGUACUGUAAGUAGAAGUACUGUAUGUCUGAGAAAAAUAUUGUAAUUCAGAGUAGUGUCGUGUAAGGAAAAGUACUGUACAUCAGAAAAAGAUACUGUAAUUUACGGUAGAGUACUGUAAAGAAAAUUACUGUACGUCAAGGCGUAGCAGCAUGAAGCACUGUAAGUCUGACUAUUCUAAAGUAGAGUACUGUAGAUCACAGUUUCGUAGGUUAAGGUACUGUAAGUCAAGGCAGGAUUUUGCAAGUUAAAGUAGGGUGUUGUAAGAAACGGUACUGUAAGUCAGGGCACUGUUGCUUAACUUACUGUAUGUUUAUGUAGAGUAGGAUACGGUAAUUCAAGAUAGUUAAGUAGAGUACUGUAAGUCAGAGCAAAAUAUUGUCUGUUAAGAUAGAGAGUAGUAAGCAAGCGUACUUUACGUUAGGGCACAGAAGCUUAGAGUACUGUAAGUUUGGGUAAGAUAGAGUAGGGCUUUGUAAAGUAAAGUUAUAUGACAUAAAGUACUGUAACACAAAAUAGCACUGAGUUGGCUACUAUAAAAGCAAAUUACUGUAAUGUUUUUUUAAUUUUUUGUUACUAUAAGAAACCUUUUUUAGCUAAACUUCAACGGAGAAAACGUGAUGAAAGUAGGAGACCUAUUAGAUGGCUGGCGACGACAUUUCACAUUUUACAUUGACUUUUGUAAAUGCAUGCCCGAAUUCCGCAAUCUACCUCCAAGUGAUCAAAUAGCUUUGGCUAAACGACGCGUAGUUAAUAUGAUCUGGCUAAUGCAUGCUUAUUACACUUCACUUACUGAUAAGAUCGGGUUCUGCUCUUCGAAUGGCGUUUAUCAUCCAGCCGAACACGAUUUGAGAUACGAUGAAGCUGAUGAAACGUGAGUAUUGUACUAUAAUAGUUCGUGCUGAAUCGUAAUUUUAAAAAAAAAUUUAAAAUACAGUAUAAAAUAAAAUCUUACUGUAAUAUUAAUAAAAUAAAAAUUUUCAGAAUAAAAACAUUUUACGCCAACUUGUUGCCAUUUUUUGUCAGUGACAUGAUUAUCCCAAUGAGGCAGCUCAAAAUGGACUUAGUGGAAUAUGUCCUUAUCAAAAUGAUCACCUUUUUCAGAGAUGGUAAGCUACAUAUUUUGAAAUUUGAUUAAAAAAAACAGAGUGGUAAGUCAGGAUAGAGCCGGGUAGGGUAAGGUAGAGUCGGGUUCAGUAGGGUAGAGUACAUUAGGGUAGAGUACGGUAGUAUAGAAUGAAGUAAAUGACCAGUUUAAGAAUUUAAGGAGUUGUUAGGUAGGGUAAGGAUAAUUUUAUUUUGGGUGGGAUUUUUGAGGCAAGACAAGCUAAGCAAAGGGUAAUAAAAGCCAGAUGAAGAGUUAGAGUAAAGGAUAUGUUAAGGCUAGAAAAACUUUGGGCAAGGUAGGUUUUUUUGAGUAAGGUUGAUUUUUGAAGUUGUGGAGUAGAAUAACCACUCCAUUACAGUAAAAUCAUGUAAGUUAGUGUAGGGUACGAUAGGGUAUAGUAGAAUACGGUAGGGUGGGGUAAGGUAGGGUAGGGUAGGGUAGGGUAGGGUAGAGUAGGGUAGGGUAGGGUAGGGUAGGGUAGGGUAGGGUAGGGUAGGGUAGGGUAGGGUAGGGUAGGGUAGGGUAGGGUAGGGUAGAGUAGGGUAGGGUAGGAUAGGGUAGGGUAUGUUAGGGUAGGGUAGGGUAGGGUAGGGUAGGGUAAGGUUAGUUUUUUAUACUUAUUCACCAUUAUAAAAUGCAUUUUUAGAAUUUUUUGUAUCAAACGAAACACGGAAAAAGCUGGAAGACUAUAAGCAACGUUACACAUUAGCUUUGGAUGCUUACAUCAAGUCCAAGUACGAUGAUCAUUACGAAGCUUUGGAUCGAUUUGCCAAUCUAUUGAAUAUCAUCCACUCAGUUUUGGUAAGUUUUAAAACUUUUUUCUAUGCUAGUACCAAAGUUAUAAAAAAAAUUAAGUUUUGGUACGUUUGGUACUAAAGCUUAGUUUUUGGUACUAUUGGUACUAAAUUUUAAUUUUUAGUACUAUUUUAUAUAAUUCCGUACUAAAUAGCAUGGAAAUUGAAUUGCAUUACUCUUUUAAACUGAUUUGCCAAAUAUAGUACUAAAUAGCACCAUUUCAGUACCUAACGUCAAAAAUGAAUGAAAGAGUAGAAUUAAGUUCUUUCUUCAACAUCAUCGACUUUGACAAACUGACGAAAGAAAUUCAUGCUACAGAACUUUUCUACAACCUUGAUGAUCCUAAUAAUAUACCAGUGACUCCAGCUGCACCAAUAGUACCAAGGAACAUUGAUCCUUCGGCUUAUGAGAAUCCGGAUUUCUUGGCUACUUCGAAUGUUGCCAGGAUCAAAUAUGAACACUAG